GAAUUCAUCUACAUCAUCAGCAUGUCGUCAACGGUUUUGUCAUAUUUUCGGUUGUGUCAGGCUUGGCGUCGUAUUUUUUUGAACCACAAUGUGAAUCUGCGGCCCGUGGUUUUGCCUGUCACUUCUAAAGUGCUCUUUUCUACACAACUUUUUCCAAAGCGAAAGGAUUCUGCGCUGAGCUCGAUCGUCAGUUCGCAACAUUCUUCAUCUAAGAAGUACAGAAAGUUCGCGGAAAAACUCAAACUGUACCUUCGCCUUAUGAGAGUCGAUAAACCAACGGGAGCCCUGCUCCUAUUUUGGCCAUGUACUUGGAGCAUCGCACUCGCUGCCGCCCCUGGUGUUCUACCGGAUGUCAGACUGCUAGCCCUGUUUGCGGUCGGCUCAUUCUGCAUGCGCUCCGCUGCCUGCAUAGUGAACGACAUUAUCGACAAGGAUUACGACAGGAAAGUACUCAGGACCAGUUCUAGACCGUUAGCGUCUGGUCAGAUAUCCACCAUGCAAGCAACGAAAGUCCUCGCUGUUCUCCUUAGCUGUUCAUUAUCCGCUCUUCUUCAGCUGAACUGGCACAGUGUAUUACUGGGUGUCAGUUCCUUGUCUCUGGUGACUGCUUAUCCGUACAUAAAGAGGUUUAGCUACUGGCCGCAGUUGUGCCUAGGGAUCACGUUAAACUGGGGCGUCCUGUUAGCCUGGGUUGAAGUCCAUAAUUCUUAUUCGUCAUUGCUGACCGUCCUGCCGCUGUACGGCGCGUGCGUAUGCUAUACCGUCAUUUAUGAUUCGAUCUAUUCACAUCAGGAUAAAGAAGACGACGUGAAAGUUGGAGUGAAAUCGACUGCGUUGAUGUUCGGUGAUGACACGGUGCUGUGGCUGAGUGGCUUCGCUACCCUCAUGACUGGCGGUUUGCUGUACACCGGGCACAUCUGUCACCAAGCAUGGCCAUUUUACGCUGGGGUUGCUGUUACAGCGUUACACGUUUGGUGGCAGGUAUAUAAGCUAAUAGUUCAUGCCUACUUCAAGAGUACUGUGUGA